GACGCCUCGAGGCGGGAUUGGCCAUGCCAAGUGUCCGAAAGAGAUCCUUGCAAGUCCCGGCCAAAGCUCCGCCCACGACGUUACUACUGACUAACAACUGUUCAUGUGAACACUCGCUGGUGCAAAAGGUUCCAUCUUGGCUUUCUUCUGGUGCCUUCCUCUUCCAUGCAAGCUGUGGGCUCUUUCCCUCCAGCUGUGGCUUGCUGGGUCUCCUGAGGGAAGUUUGGCACUUCUCAGGUAGUGGGGGCACCUGGAGCUGCCCGGAGUCCAGUGCUGAUAAACCUGGGCUGGCUAGGCCAAAGCAGGCAUGCCACAUACGCCACGCCAGCGCUUGCAGCCCCGCGCCCCGGUUUGGUCAGAGAUGGAGACGCGGAACUUCCUGGCCCUCUGGGGCGAGCUGCUGAUUCUCAGGUGGAUCGAAAACCGGCCCCCCAACAGCGACAUCUACGAGGACCUCUCGGCCCAGAUGAUCGCCAGGGGUCACGAGCGCAACGCCUCGCAGUGUCGCAACCGGGCCCGGGACCUGAAGCGCAGCUACCGGAGAGCCAAGGACGCGCAGGUGUGCGCCGGCGCCGAGCCGGUUUCCUGCCGCUACUUCCGAGAGCUGGACCGGAUGUUUGGCGGAGAAAUGGACGGCGUGGCGAACCGGAGCCUGCCGAGCAUGGACGGGUCUGCCCGGGUGGUGGUGAAAACGGAAGAGGCGGAGGACAUGGAGGCGCAGGUCUCCGAAGAGGAGGGCAACCAGAUGACGCCGCCAAACACGCUCUCGAGCAUGGACGCCGACACGGACACCGAAACGGAACCGAACCUCGGGGUCUCGCGAGAGCUAGUGGCCGGCGACCCGGAUGUGAUUGAAACCAAAAUAGGGGAGGAGUGCCCCAGUGACAAAUCUCUGCCUUUAUACGGGCAACCGGUGGCUGGCCCCAGCGAAGAUGGGCACCAUUCUGUGGCUGGCAGAGGCAGGCGGGACAACUCCCUGGGGCGCCCCCUGACGACAGCAGAGAGGAUGGCGUCCAUGCGGGAGAGGAAGAGGCGGUCCCAUGAAGAAAUGAUGCACGAGAUCAUGACCGACUACCGGCGGACCUGGGAGACGAUGGAGGCGCUUCACGAGAGGGGCGAGAUCAGCGCCGGGGAGUUCCGUGAGGCGAUGCUGAGGGAGAUGCUUCUGGACAGAGAGGCCCGGACCCGCGAGGCCCAGCUAGACCGCGAAGCCAGGGCAAGGGAGGCCCAGCUGGAUAGAGAGGCGAGGGCCAGGGACAGCCAUCUGGAGAGGGAGAUUAGGAUUAAGGAGCUCAACAUGAUUGAGGCGGAGCUUCGGCGCACAAGGGAUAUCCUCCACCCCAUGGUUGACGCUGUGGUGUCCGUCGCGGAGGUCCUGCGUUCGACCAGCAGUAUACAACGGCAGCCUCGCCAGGCACAGCAGAGUGGAGGGGGUAACUUCUUGGAAUUGGAGGGUAGCAAAUAAUUAUCCCCCCCCUUUUGUGAGGGGUGGGCAUUAGUAUAUAUAGUUACCGUGCUGGGCAGAAAGGAGGGGGUAGUAAGGAGGGGGAAAACUGUUGCAACCCUGGAAGCCAAGACCCACUUUUGGGGCAAGUACUCUCCGGUGGGAGAGCCUCAGCAGAGAUUUAACAUGUCAAAACCCUUUCAAAUGAAUUCCAAAAUGUCCCUUCUUAAUAGUUCUCUCCAAAGUAUCUCGCUUCCCUAGCACAAAGAUCAAUCAUACAUUUAGUAAGUUAUAAACUGGUUUACUUACAAAAUUCUUCAAAGGUCAGAUUCAUGUGCUUUUCCAUACAGCAAUAAAAACAAAGUUGCAAAGGCA